GUGAGUUGAAUGAUGUUACAGCGUCAUUUCGGACUUUACAAAUUAUAUAGUAUUGCAUUAUAACGAGGCGAAUCGCUUUCAUUUGGCUGUCAAAAUAACCGCAUCUAUUACAAGAAGCGAUGAAUGAGCAGCACCCUCGUGGUCAGGCCGCACAGGUACAUUUUUCAUUUGUGUGUGACUUGUUUAUGCUUCAGACAAAUUCCGCAGACCUGUUUCUUUUCAACCUCUGUCUUUCAACUUGCCUAUUUCUUUCAGUUCUUCAUCACAAAAAACACUCAUUGAACCGCGCGCGUUACUUGCCCCAAAAUGACGAUCGACGAGUUUGAACCUGACGACCUUUUAUCAGAAAUUAGUCGCAAACUAGCCAACGUUUCUCUUCACCUUCCUAUGGAAGGGGAAAACGUAGAGAAAGAUAACCUGCCCCAAAUCAAAUAUCAUUUGAAUUCCCAAGACAAUGAUAUGCGUCUACAAAGUGUUCGAGCGCUGCGCAAGUAUUUAACGCAAGGGUGUAGUUGUCCUGAGAACGUCAAUGAUCUGCUGGCUUUGGAUAUCCUAUCCACUUUAAAGGAGCUAUUGACGACUUCGGAUUCCAACGAGAUUUUAUUUGAAUGCGCAUGGAUUAUCACCAAUAUUGCAGCGGGCACUUCUGAGCAAACCAAUGCGUUGGUCAAUGACGAUUUUAUUAGCGCCCUUUUGGUGUGUAUCCAUUCCCAUCAUACGUCGAUCAGUGUCAAAGCACAGGCGGCGUGGGCAUUAUCCAACUUUGCUGGCGAAUCCGCCACACUGCGCGAACUUUUAAUGAGCAAAGGUGCAACCAUGGCUGUAGCUGAAGCGCUCUUGGAAAUUUGUGAGGAAGUAUAUGACGAAUGCUUGGAAUGGGCGCGAACGACAGGCGACGUGACUAUUGACGAUGAAGACUUGUGUACUGAUGUAAAAGCUAUGACUUGGGCCCUCUCGAAUAUGUCUCGUGGAGGUUUCCAGACCGCCGAACACUGGGAAAGUUACAUCCCAGCUUUCGAGGCCUUGACACGGUGUACGGUUUUUGAUCACCAAGACAUAUGGAUUGAUGCUUGCUGGGGUUUAUCUCGUAUUCUUUUCAACAUGCAUGAAGUCACACCUUUUUAUUCCGCGCUCAAACUUUCGCCUGACUUAUGUUCUCGAUUAUCCCGUCUGCUCACAAAUCAAACCGUUUCGGUGGUAACACCUGCUCUACGAACCGUUAUUAAUAUUACUUCAGGACCCAAUGAACAUUCUGCCCUCUUACUGGAGACCCCGUUGCUAAAGAAUAUGUCCACAUUGAUGGGCAAAGAUAUCCCGAUCCGAAUUCGAAGAGACGCUUUUCUGGUGGUAGCAAAUCUGGCAGCUUGCGAUGCUCAGUUGGUGCAUCAAAUUAUGGAAGCCAAAGAUGUCAUGCACUGUGUGGCCUCUCACAUCCACGUACCUGGCCACGUAUUUGACCGCAGCUGUGGACGAUGGAUUGCCGUUGUUUCGAACGCGUACUACAACCUUGAUGAAGAAUGGAAAAUUACCACCGAAGCACUGUGGAUCAUGUGCAACCUGGCGACUUUGGGUGAUGAUGAUAGUAUAUGCGAGCUGUUGGUUAAUCACCGAACAAUUCCCGAUUCGCUGGCGUCGCUCCUCAAAUGUAGCGAUAUACCAUCCAAUGUGUGUCUCAAAGCCGUGGAUGUGAUCAUCACGAUCAUCAAUCGAACCAAUCCUUUGACACAAAAUAGCAAUGGAACAUCCAAUCCCUACGUCCAGCAAUUCAUCGACACCGAUGUACCCGCUUCGGUGGAAAAACUACGUUCCAUAUUCAGUAAAUCGACUGUUUUCCGUGAUCGAUGCGAGGUGCUUAUGUCACUUUUAACUCCGGCAACGGAUGGUUCCGAAGAACGCAAACAUGCCACUAUGGCGGCAAUGUUUGGACUGCAGACUCCAUGUCACUUAAGAAUGGGUGCCAACAAACGCAGAAUAUUGCACGGAUUUGAAGAUGGCGACGUUCGACUGAUUGAAAAUGCCGUUGGUUCUCUAUGCUUAUCCGAGUUGUAAUCAAGUUGAAUUAAUAAUGUCCCCAGUCAGCUAUCACAUGUUUACAGAGCGAUUGUACGCUUUUGACUUGGUGAUAAUAAUAAUACAGCAUAGUGUCAGCGUUUUUAGGAUGACUGUUAAUGAUGCGGACCAGGACAGCGGGCGGGGAUGAAUAAGCUUCGAUCAUUGUUAUCACCAAACUCCAUCCACUGUAUCCGAGCUACGUAUAUUUGCCGAAUCAAAUCAGUCUUCCCUUUUUUUCUCCUAUAAAAAUUUGCUUUGAUUUGUGCAAAAUGAAUUUAUCAAAACACUGCUUCGCAU